GGCGUCAGAGUCUUCAAAAGGCGAUGGUGCAUGCUCGCAUUGUAUUGUAUCUAUUCGUUUAUCAACGCCUAUGAAUGGAUACAUUUAAACAUCAUAGGAAAUAUGAUAGAGAGGUAUUAUAAUGAAAGUUUACCGUCUGAUGAAUUCCAUCGUCAGACUACAAUUGACUGGUUAGCUACAUCUUAUCUAGCUAUUUAUGUUCCUUUGAUAAUACCUGGUAUAUGGUUAUUAAAUAAAUAUGGUUUAAAAGUGAAUAUAUUACUCGGAGCUGUUAUCAAUGCUCUUGGAGCCUGGAUUAAAUGUAUUGGACUGGCUCCCGAGAGAUUUUAUCUUGUCAUGAUUGGACAAUGGUUCUGUGCUAUUUGUAAUGCUUUUGUUGUCAGUUUACCGCCAUUUUUAUCUGCUGUAUGGUUUGGACCAAAUGAACUAUCCACCGCCACUGCUAUUGGGGUUUUUGGCAAUCUGGCUGGAAUUGCUGUAGGAUUUCUACUGCCACCAGUAAUGGUACCUAAUUCACCAGAUAUAACUGAAGUAAGACAGGGACUAGAGAUCAUGUACUAUAGUUGUGCUGCUUGUAGUACACUAAUUGUUCUAUUGAUUAUUAUCUUUUUUAAGAAAGAACCACCUAUUCCACCAAGCCAUGCACAACUUUAUCUAAAAGAGAAAACUGAAGAUUAUCAUUAUGGACGAUCAUUAAAGAAAUUAUUCAAGCAACCGUCAUUCAAUCUAUUGACUCUGUGUUAUGGUAUUAUCACGGGAGUGGAUCAUGCUUUAUUAACUCUUCUGGAUUUUAUAAUUCUUCAUUAUUUUCCGGGUGAGGAGGUCAAUGCAGGAAGAAUCGGUCUGGUGAUUGUACUUGCAGGCAUCAUACCCUCUAUACUCUCUGGAGUCUGGUUGGAUAAGACCAAAACAUACAAAGCUACAUCAGUGCUCCUCUACAUCUGUACUGUUAUUGGAGUGUUUGUUUUUACGUUUACCCUAGAUUAUGGGAAGAUAUGGAUUGUAUUCAUUACUUCAUGUAUUAUAGGAUUUUUUAUGUUUUCUUAUUUGCCUGUUGGUUAUGAAGUUGCUGCGGAGAUAACAUACCCGGAACCGGAAGCUACCUCAGCUGGAAUCUUAACAGCGUGUGCUAUGUUUUUAGGUAUGGUAUUCACCAAUAUGAUAAGAGUUAUUAUGUCGGUGUACGGUGUUUUUAUUGGUAACAUUGCGAUGGGAUCGUUAUUGAUACUUGGUGCUGUCAUCAAUAGUAAGUAA